AUGACAAAAGAGGGGUCAGGGCGUCAGGCUGUUCUGAAGAAAAAUAGCCUCAGUCUCACUCAGGAUAACCUCAGUAGCAACAGUAUUAAAACUCAGGGCUACUCAGUAUCAGCUCAGAGCCUCAGAACCACCUCAGUACCCCUCAGUACCUCCACAGUACCACCAGAGUCAACCUCAGUACCUCUCAGUAUGUCCUCAGUGUACACAGUAAAAACCUCAGUGCUACUCAGGACUUCAUCAGUUUCUCAGUACCGGGCUCAGUACAACUCAGGGUUUUCUCAGUACCACUCAGUACUUGCUCAGGGAGGCACCAUUGACACAACUGUUCAUGAAAUUCUAGAUGAUUACUAUCGCGUUAGGGAACUUCAUAAAGCAGCUGGUGGUAACUGGGGAGGCACAAAGGUUGAUGAAAAGUGGAUCGAGUUUUUAGAGGAAUUAUCAGGUGAAGAAGCCAUGGAUGAAUUCAGAAAAACAGAAUGUUAUGAUGUCGUUGACCUUUACAGAGAUUUUGAAACUAAGAAAAGAACCAUCAAAGAAGACCCAGAUCAAAAGAUACAUCCAAAUGUUAAACCUGUCAAUAUAAUCCUUUUAGUUGGUGGAUAUGCCGAGUGCCCAUUACUUCAAUCGGCAAUUGAAAACGAGUUUCCAUCAAAAACUGUUAUUGUACCAUCUUUUUCUGGUGUGGCUGUUUUGAAAGGUGCUGUAAUGUUUGGUCAUAAUCCAACUUUGAUUCACGAAAGAAUAGCAAAAUACACGUAUGGUAUAGCUGUAUGCCGUCUAUUUGAAAAGGGAAAACACAGAGAAGAUUACAUGUUUGAGAGAGACGGCAAAAUAUGGUGUGACAAUGUUUUUCGAUCGCAUGUAAAAAGUGGUGAAAAAAUUCAGGUUGGUAAGUGCCAGUCAAGCGAAUGUUAUGAAACAUUCAAGGGCAGUGGCGGUGUCAUAGUUCCUGUAUAUGCAUCGACGGUUGAAAACCCUCAAUACGUAACCGAUGAUGGGUGUUGUUUAAUUGGAAAAAUCAAAUUUGCUCUGAAUAAAGACUGUACCUUUGGAGAAACAAUUAAUAAUCUUAAAGUAAAUUUUUCUUUCGGAGGAACAGAAAUAGAGGUAAAAUUAGAAUGCAUGAAAACAGGAAAAACUAAAAGCCUUUACUUAGACACUCAAUGA